UGAUAAUGGAUGAAGGAGUCAACUCUUUGUUGACUGGCUUGGCUGAUAAGUAAAAGUCAAAGCCCGUAUCCCACGAGCUCCAAUUCGAAUUUGCUCUUUCCCAGGGAAGCAUCUUCUGUUUCUUAUCCUGAGCGUGAAAAUGCUAGUGACCAUGCUGAGGACCUUGGCCACUCUGACAGCACUUCUAGGUCUUGUGAAGGGUGUGAUUGUGACCAUGCCAAAGAAUGCCACGAAUACAACAGUUGGUGCCAACAUCACCCUUCCUUGCCUGUAUAAUACAGCAACGACUCCUGAUAUGAUUCAAUGGAAUUUUUAUGGCAAUGAUCUGCAAACUCCUGGAAUUUAUAUUUGGCAGUCUGGCAAAUCUUAUUACCUUGGACAGUUUAAGGGCCGAAGUCAAGUAGCAAACAACACGGGAAAUGCAAGCCUUUCCAUCUUCAACAUGCAGCCCUCAGACACAGGGGUGUAUAGGUGUUCAGUUUACAAUUUCAAGGACGGUACCGCAAAUGAAGGUGAAAAAUCAGUGUUGGUCAGCGUGCUAGUUCCCCCUUCGAAGCCCCUCUGCAGUUUUGGUUCAAGCCAUCAUUCUGAUGUUGAACUUGGCCACUUGGUCACUUUAGCCUGCGUUUCGGAAGCCGGUCUGCCAAAGCCAGCCUACAAAUGGUACCGACUAACUGGAGAUAAAGUGCAGCCUGUCACUGAGACAUACAACCCUUCCUCAGGACGCUUGGUUCUAGGCAACCUGACCCGAUUUGAAGAAGGCUAUUACCAAUGUACAGCCAUCAACAUCCUUGGAAACAGCUCCUGUCACGUCGACCUCACCACAAAACAUUCCGAAGGUGGCAUCAUUGUGGGAGCAUUAAUUGCGGCAAUUCUAGCCGCUGCCUUGAUAUGUGUCGUUGGUUGGAUUCUCAUCUCCAGAGAGAAGAAGAAGAGGAGAAAGCAGAAACCUGAUUCCAAGGAAAUGCAGCCUAUGCCCACCAAGUCGGAAUAUGCUGCAGUGCCCAGCCAAGCCAGCGUUCCCAUGGCUGCAGUCCCACCAAACCAGGAAGCUAAUGAGAUGGGAGAACAUGGUAGCCCUGAAGGAGCCCAAAUUGCCAUAUUGCCUGAAAAUGAGAUGCAGGAAAUGGGCCAUCAACCAAUUUCCUAAAGCCAGCGGUUGCCCUAGGGAGAACCCUAAAAAACAGGCCAUCUAAUCAUGAAUUUGUACACCGAUCCCGUAUCUGUGGCUCUGAAAUAGUGACACACUGGGCAUUUGUGCCUAGUCAUUUAAGAUUGAAUUUCUCCAGCCUUCUAUUCAUUUCAUACGAGACCCAUAAUCUGACCAGAUUCACACCACACGUGAAGAUUGUCUAAAACAGCGGUUCUCAAUCUAUGGGUCGCAACCCCAUUUGGGGUCGAUUGACCAUUUCACGGGGGUCGCCAAGCAAGGCUGUCCGCCAUUUUUUUCUCCUUUUCCGACGGGUGCCUUACCUC